AUGGAGCUAGCCGUUGCAGAGCCAGCAAUCGGCGCUGAGUCAAUUCAACCAGCUGAAGCUUCACGACAACCCCCGGCUCCGUCACCGGGGAGCAAUGUGCCGGGCCCUCCCGCUCCGCCCAGUGACACCGGAGCAGAUGCCGGGAGCGAGGCAGCAGCCAACCCGCGCAAGAGGAAAAAGGCAUCGAGGGCCUGCGACUUCUGUCAUGUAAACCACCAGCCCUGCGACAACGGCAAGCCGAAAUGCAGCGUCUGUACCAAGCACAACAAGCCGUGUUUAUACCUGCGCCCCACCAAACGCCGUGGCCCGCAAAAGGGGUACCGCACCGCUCUCAACACCUACAAGGAGAGCGCCGCCGCCUGGGGUGCUGUCCUCGGCGCCAUCCCAGGGCUGGACACCUUGAUUGAGGGCCACCUACGGGGCAACGGCGGCAAGGCCAUUGUCGGCUCGAUCAAGGACUCGAACCAGCAGGAUGCCUUGAUUGCCACAUGGCAGCAGAGCUCCGUAUUCCGCGCUUUCUUCGGGCACAAUGGCCCGCCGCCAGGACUGCAGACGGCCGACAGCAAUGUCACUGUUCCGUCGCAGGAGGUCGAGGACGAGGACGCCGGCGACGAGACCCCGCCCGUCCGCCCGCCACCGGCUAGUAAGAGAAUCUCGCAGCCACCUGCGAGCCAGCGGAGCCAGUCUGUGUCAAGCGUUGUUGCGCCGCCCGAGCCGAAGCUGCGUCUGUCUCUGGAGUCGCCUUUCCAACCCAGAGACUCGCUGUCGGAUAUCGUGGCUAAGGACGCGGCCCAGUCUGCCACCCGGGCCUCGCAAACACUUGCCUCUCUCGGAUUUGCGCCAGACGAGACCAUUGCAGACUUCUACAUCAUGGGUGCGAACCCGGAGCCCAUCCCGGAGUCCACCGACCCAGAUUUCGAUCCAUCUCUGGGCACUGAGGAAGAGCAGAGGACAUAUUACGAGCUACUCAUGGGACGGUCUUUCCCAGGAUGA